GAAAUCGGAUAGAUGUUUUGUUCCGCUGCAUUUGAUGAUACAUAGUAGCUCUGUGUUUGUUAGUCUGUGUGAAUUAAUUAUUUGGAAGAUUCAGUUCCGAACCAAAUUCCAAAGCUAGAUCCUGGUUAGUGCAGCUCCGUCGCGAUCCAGCACGGGCGGGAUCCGUCUCGUCUCGGGUCGGGUCGUGACAAGCUUUUUUGGUAUCAGAGCAAUGGUUUUGGAAUUUGAGAAUUUUGUGAAACAGAGCUAUAGGAAGUGAUCAGUAAGUCUGUCUGGGGGGUAAUUUUGAUUUGUUUGGCUUUUUAUUUUUGUUGUUUUUGUGAUAGUUUUUCCGGAUUUUCUGGAUUUUUCUGUAUGGAUCAGCCAGACCCAGACAUGACAGAUGGUCAGAGUGCCGAUCAGGCAGCACCAGUGGGGAGUACAGCCCCAGUGGUCGGUGCUGAUACGCUUUCUCAGUUUGCUUCGCUGGUUGCUCAGAUGAUGAGCGAGACUCAGAGUAGAGCUUCUACUGUCAGAUCUGAUGACCUGGAUAGACAUUUGCAGUUGUUUUUGAGGUUGAAACCUCCGAGGUUUGAGGGCGCUGUUGAGCCCAGAGCUGCUGAAGAGUGGCUGAGGAGAGUGGAGAAGACCUUUGACGGGAUGCAGUGUCCGUCAGACAGGAAGGUACCGUUAGCAGUUUUUCUGUUAGACGGAGAGGCUGAGCACUGGUGGGACGGCCAGCAGGCAGCCAGAUUUCAGGGCAGACUGAACUCUUUGAUUACUUGGGAAGAGUUCACUGAGGUAUUCCGAGAUUGGUUUGUUCCCCCUUCUGCACGACAGCAGAUGCAGGAGAACUUUCUGAGGCUUGUUCAGGGGAGCAAGACGGUGAUGCAGUACGAGGCUGAGUUUACUGCAUUAGCCAGGUACGCUCCGCAGCUGGUUAGCACUUCUGCUGAGAGAUGUUACAGAUUUCUGAGGGGAUUGCGAGAUACCUUGAGGCAGCCCCUGAUACCAUUCCGGAUUACUGAUUUCUCCGAGCUUGUGGAGCGAGCUCGAUUGAUAGAGAACGACUUGAUGGCUACUCAGCAGCGGUGGACUGCGAGUAGGAAGAGGUUUGGAGGCGAGGCAUCUGGCAGUGGUUCCUCCGGAAAGAGGAGAUUUGUUUCCGGUUCUGGAUCUGGAGAUUCCAGAAGGAGCGGAGGAUCGUCUGGUACUGUUACCAGUACGACGAGUUCGGGAUCAGUCAGUUCGGCACCUGUGUGCCAGAACUGUGGACGGCGACACUUCGGCCAAUGUUAUAGGAUGGCUGGUCUGUGCUUCCGAUGUGGUCAGUCAGGACAUCGGAUUGCAGAGUGUCCGCAGAUGGGAUUUGAUCAGCGAUCUGAGGGCUUUGUCAGACCUGCCGGUUCAGCAGGAAGACCGAGGACUGUUCCUCCUCGCCCUGAGGGAUUUGCUGGAAGAGGUGGUGGUUCUAGUUCUGCACCACGGAGACCACCUACUGUUCAGAGGGAGCAGAGUAGUUCCGUUGCUUCAGCUCCUGUUCCAGUUCAGCCACGAGUUUACAGCUUGAGUCAGCAGGAGGCUCGAGAUGCUCCCGAUGUUGUGACAGGUACGAUUUACAUUUCUGAUCAGCCCUGUCGUGUUUUGUUUGACUCUGGAGCGAGUCAUUCUUUUCUGUCCGAGCACUGUUUUGAGGCUUUACGUUUGGAUUCUCUUUUACUUCCGGUUUCUUUGUCUGUGAUUUUACCGGCUGGGAAUCCUUUGAUUGCUCGGCAAUUUUGUUUGUGUGAGAUCGAGAUUGCUGGCAAGAAGUGGAAAUCAAGUUUGAUUCGGUUGCCGAUUUCAUCGUAUGAUGUAAUUCUGGGCAUGGAUUGGUUGAGUCAGUAUGAAGCUAUAUAUAUAUAUAUAGUAAAAAAUAGUUUAAUUAUUGUAAACUGA